AUGAGUUUCGAUCCAGAUCAAAUUUAAAACUAUCAAUAGUAAAGGAUUAUGAGUGCAAUCAAUUGUUAAUUAAUAGAGUUUUCAAGUGAUUAGACUAAAUAAAAAUUUUAUAUUAUACAUGGAAAAAUUAAUUAAAAAGUUUCAUUUAACGAAUAAUUAUAUGAAGUUAUAGCAAAGAAUGAAUGUUUUAAUUUGAUGUCAAUAACUAAUAAGAUUAACAGAAAUGAUGAAAUUUUUAUUUAAAUAGAACAAUGCGAUUUCACAUUAUAUUAAUAUAUGCUAAACAGAAAAACUCAUUCGUUUUCUACAGACGAAAUUUAUGAUAUAUUAAGUUAGAUUAUAAAUGCAUUUAUGCAUAUAAGCAAAUAUACAAAACAAUUUUUAUAGUUAAAUCCUUCCAACAUUUUAGUGAGGAAAUUAAAAAACUAAAAAAUAUUAAUAAAGAUAUUUAUUAAUUUCUUCUAGGGUGAUUAGCAAUCAGCCUCAAAUUUUACUCAUUAUAAAGCUCCAGAAGAAUUAAAUACUCCUUUAAGUCUUUCAUAAAAAACUGAUAUUUAUUUGGUAAGAUAAUCAAUAUCCUUUAGCUUGGAAUUGUUUUAUAUUAAUUAUGUUACCAAAUGAAAAGACCAACAGAAGGAAUUAACAAUGUAAAUGACCUAAAAAAAUUUUAAGAUGAUUUAAUUAAAAAAAAAAUCUCAGAAUACCUUGAUUAAUAUGAUGAAGUUAAUUAAGUCUUAAAAAAGUUGAUAGGAGAGAUGAUGGAGUAUAAUGAGAACAAUCGAAUAACUUGGGAAUAAUUAUCAAUGCAUAAAAAUUUGUAACUUAAUUUCCUCCUUUUAAAAAAUAAAUACUAUAUCAAUUUUAAUUAAUAACUUGGUCGAGGUUCUUAGGGAGUCACUUAUUUAGUUGAAAAUUUGGAAACAAAUGAAAGUUAAUGUGCUAAGAAAAUUGACACUACUUAAAUAGAAGGUCAAAGGGAAUAAGAAAUUUAUCAAAAAUUAAUUAAACAAAAGGAAAAGAAUAUAAAUGUUAUUGAAAUUUUUGAUAUUAUUGAAACUACAGACUAAAAAUAAACAUUUCUCAUUAUGGAGAAAUGCGAAUCAAAUAUUGAAGAAUAUUAUAAAUAGAAAAAAAGAGAACUUAGAGAUGAAGAAAUCAUGGAUAUUCUCAAGCAAAUUGUAAAUGGUUAUUGUUAUUUAAAAAAUUUAGAAAUAAUUCAUAGAGAUUUAAAACCUUAGAAUAUUCUUGUUAAAUAUGAAAAUAAUACUCCCAUUUUUAAGGUAAUAAUAUAUUUAAAUGUAUUAGAUCAUAGAUUUUGGAGUUGGAAAAAUUAUUGCUAAUUAAGAGAUAGCAGUCACUGUUGCAGGAACACCAAUAUUUUCUGCUCCAGAAGUUAUCGAAGGAAAACAAUAUGAUUAUUAAUGUGAUAUCUUUUCAGUACUUUUUUCUAUUAUUUUAGCUUGGAACCAUUCUAUAUUAUUUAAUUUAUGGAUAAUUCUAUUUAAACGUUUCAUCUUUAGAAGAACUAAAUAGAAAGUAAUAACAAUUAAAAUAUAAUCCUUUAAAAUGUCCUUAAACUAAAAAAACUUUAAAUAAUGAUCUUAGUGAUAAGUUCAAAUAGUUAAUCGAGAAUAUGACACUCUAUGAUCCUUAAAAGAGAAUAACUUGGGAAAAAUUAAACUAAGAAUUGAAUUAAUUCAAUUUUAAGAAUCAAUAAAAUGAGAUUUAGGAUUAGUUGUAAAAUUAAGCGAAUUUGAUUUAAUUAAAAAAAAAAAACUAAAAUCCUAAUAUUAAGAUUUAUGAAUAAGAUUAGUAAGUACAAAUAAAUUCAAUAGAGCAAGAUCGAAAUAUCAAUUUGAUUGUUAAUUAGCAAAAUAAAAUUAUUAUGUAAUAGCCAAAGAUUUAAAAUAAAAACGAGGCUGAAAACUAAUAAUAAUAAUAAAAGGUGAAGUUUCUCACUAAUGUUUAAAGCUUUUAGGAACCAAAACAUAUAAUGCCUAUUGAAAAUCAAGAAAUCCAUUAACCUUACGAUAAUGAAAAAAAUUAAAAAAACCAUUUUAAAAUAGUUUCUUAAUAAAAUGAAAAUCCUUAGGAAUUAUAAUCUGUAAAUCAAAAUUAACAAAUCAAAAUUUUAUAUUAAAAUCAAAACUACUAAAUGCAGAAUCCAGAUAAAAGAUCCAAUUAAAAUUAGAUACAAGAGGGAUUUAGGAUGCAAUCGGAAAAUUAGCAUCGAAUUUAAUAAAACUAGUUGUUUGAAUAUUAAGUUUAAUAAUAAUAAUAAAACUUAUAUUAAUAGCAAUAAUAAUCAUAAAAAUCACAAUAAUAAUCAUUAUAAUAGCAAAAUCAAUAACAAUAACAAUACCAAUAACAAUAACAAUAAUAAUAAUAAUAAUAAUUCUAUUAAUAAUAAUUACAAUAUUAUUAAUAAUAAUAAUAAUAACAAUAAUAACAAUAAUAAUAAUAACAAUAAUAAUAAUAAUAAUAGCAACAACCAAAAUAAUAACAAUAUCAAUAUCAAUAACAAUAAUAAUAAUACUUUUAAUAAUAAUAACAAUAACAAUAUACAGAAUUAAUCGAAAUUAAUGACAAUAUUGAAAAUCCAUAGUAAGAUGCUUAACCUACCGAUCAGAUUGAAUAAUAAUAUACUACUAUAGGUAAUUCCCCUAGAGAUAGUGAUUUAAAUUAUGAAAAAACUGUAUAACUGAUAUAAUAAUAUCCAGACUAAAUGGAUAUCAUUUUAUAUGUGUCUUGCUUUCUUGCUACAAUACAAAAUGCUAUAGAAAAGUUGCAAUAAGUAUAAAAAUCAGAUCAGAAAAUAAUUUUAGAAUUUUUUUUGAGAAAUUGUGAAAUUUCUUGUUUAGAGGACAUAAAAGUAUUAAAAGAAAAAUAAUAUAUAUUUUUGGAUGGGCAUAUAAUAAAUGUAAUUUCAAAUGAUGUAUUAUCAUAAGUAAGUCUUGAGUAUUUAAAUAAUUAAAUUAAAAGGAUAGAAUCCAAAAGUAUAUUAUCUGAAGUUAAUUAAACUAUAAAAUCUGAAAUAUUACGAAAAAAAUUCUGUUAUUUAAAUCAAUUUUUAUAAAGAAAGAAAGAAGAAUAAUAAAUUACUUGUUAUGACACAAUUGUUUAUUUUCAAGAAGUUUUUCACCAUCUAAAUUAAAGUAAAGAUAAGAGGAUAAUUAAAGAAGAGAUAUUCUAAUCAUUAAUAAAAGUAGAUUAAUUUAUUAAGAAAUUUUAAGUAAAAAGAUUGGAUAAAUUGAAUAAGAAUGAUAUGAUAAAUUUUUAAUGA